GACAUUUUCCAAAUGCAUCAAACGGUUCUGAGGGGUUGGAUGAUGGAGAGCACUUUACAAUUGCUACACCCCAGCAUCUCCUCUUUCUGAUUUUGGAGGGAAAUGCAGUUACGCCUCUGUAUUUGUGUGUGUAUAGAUAAGAUUCUCUCUCCUCAUUUCAGCAGAUUUUCUCUUUAGAGCUCUCAUCUGCAACUAUAGUUCGACUCCGAAAACAAUCAUGAAAUUAGGGCAAAACCGGUGAUCGUCACUAUUUCUUCCAAAUCAAAAACUUCAGAUUUUCCUUCGGUGGUGGUUCUGUUUGACUUGAUAAAUGGACAAUAAGUAUGAGCUGAUUGAGAAGAUUGGACAAGGCGGAUUUGGUGUGGUUUACAAGUGCCGUGAUUGCUUGACCGAUGCAACUGUAGCUCUGAAGAGGAUUUUCUUUAAAAAUGAAGAUGAAGGUGUCCCCAGUUCAGUAAUAAGAGAAAUCGCACUUUUGAAGGAGCUGGAUCAUGGCAAUAUCAUCAGGUUACUUGAUGUAAUAAAGAACGGGGCAGGAGUGGAUCUCAUUUUUGAGUUUCUGGACAUUGACCUGUCAAAGUUCAUUGCUUCUUAUCCUGAGGUUGCAAAGGAUCAACAAAUAAUAAAGCGGUUUCUCCAUCAGAUUCUCUGUGGUGUUGCUUAUUGUCAUUCUCAUAAAAUACUCCAUCGGGAUUUGAAACCUAAGAAUUUACUCAUAGAUAUCGACAGCAAAGUCUUGAAGAUUGCUGACUUUGGAUUGGCAAGGGCAUUUGGUGUUCCUCUUGGGACCUACACUGGCAAGGUAGUAACUCUAGCAUACAAGGCACCCGAAGUCCUGCUUGGCUCCAAUUACUCCACUCCCGUUGAUGUGUGGGCUGUGGGGUGUAUAUUUGCUGAGAUGGUGAUCCUUCGACCUCUGUUCUGUACAGAAAGUGAGAUUACUGUGUUGAUGGACAUGUUCAGCUUGUUGGGUGUGCCAACUGAAGCAACCUGGCCUGGUGUGACUUCAUUAAGUCGCUACAUUGCUAACAUAGCCACGUUCCCCCCUCAAUGUACACGAAACCUUGGAGACGAGGUCGCUGGACUUGAACCUGCUGGAUUGGAUCUUCUUUCUAAAAUGUUGUGCUUGGAUCCGAAUAAAAGGAUUACUGCUUCUGACGCACUUAAGCAUUCAUACUUCGGACAUGUCUCUACUGCUGGUACUUGAUUGCCCAUUCCUCAUCCAUUUCUGUUGCUGGAUUGAAAACUAUAGCAAUGCUAAUAUAGAUAGGGUUUAUAUCAACACGACCAAUACUUGGAAGUAGUCUCUGUGGAUGAGUUCAUGCAUGUACUCUCUCCAUCUACGAUCUUUGAUGUGAUUCUUCGUUUCCACUCAACUACGAAAAUAUGUACAUCACUUGCAUAAGUACUAUUGCAGUCGUUAGAAACUAUUAUGAUAACAAGGUGUUGAAUUUUGCUUAUCGUGCCACUUUUUAACUGAGAAACCAAGUGGGAAGGCAAAAAGAAAUUAUAGAAAAAAAUUCAUUUUUCCUUAUUUGGUUGUCUUGAAAUAUUAUGAAGAAAUGAAAGA